AUGGAGCUGCCUCAAGACUCGCGAAGAGUUUCCAUUUCAGCUGAUAACCAUAGUGCGCGACUCCAUUCCCUGUUCACGGCCCCUAUACUUCAGAGGAGCCCUUAUGCCACCCUGGAUACCAUGCACCAAAGAGGGUUCGAGUUUUCUAGCCGCCACCCGCAGGAGCAUGGCAAGAUGAUGCCACCCAAGGCUGAGGUCAAGGAGGGCCCCGGGCACCGGCUGCUGAACGUGCUGAGAAAAACUCUUAAAGAGCCUGAGAAUAAAGAACUGGAAGUAGCACCUGAGAUGCCAACUUUGGUGCCAUUUGGGGAUGUGGUUGGCUGCCUGGCUAUUCAUAUAUACAACUGCAGACAUUUUAUGCCUAAGAUCAUUUUAAAACCACAUUGCACUAAUUUAUUCAUUCGCAUCACUAUCAACAAUGUUGUGAAACAUACAAAAAUGCAUACCUUACUAUCAAAAAGCAGUGAAAAAAACGCUGUAAUUAAGUUUGAUGAAGUGAAAUAUUUUUCUGUACAGGUUCCCAGACGUCAAGAUGAUGUGCGGAAUAAUAUUUACUUAGAACUAAUGGAAUAUGAAGAUAUAGAAAAAUAUCCUAUUGUUUUAGGGGGUGUUCAGGUACACCUUUAUGAAGUAAUUCAGAAAGGAUGCUUUACUGAAGAAUUGCAAAUUUUGAAUAAAAACACAUUUGUCUGCAGGGUGCAGAUAGAAUUUAUGUUCUCCUAUGGAAACUUUGGUUUUGGAUUUUCACAUCAGUUAAAACCUUUUCAGAAAAUUAUCGAGCCAUCCAUGUUUAUGAAUAUUGCACCACCUCCAGAAAGAAGAGACCCUGUGUCAAAUGUUAUUGUACCACAGCCAGUAGAAUAUCCAGCAUUCUUAUCCCCAGACCUAAAUGUUACUGUUGGGAAGCCAAGUACAGUGUCAAGUAAACACAACCAGCCAUCUGUUGUGCGACUUGAAAAACUUCAGCAACCACCCCGGGAAAGGUUGGAAAAAAUGAAAAAAGAAUACAGAAGUUUGAGCACAUGGGUAGAAAAAGCUAGCUAUUUAGAAAGAAUUCUUACUCCAGCAUUGGAACAUAAAGACACAGAGCUACUGCAUAAUAAGACUCUGCCAACCCUGACUCUGCCAAAUUUGAAGCUAUCGCACAAAGAUGAUUUAAAUGUCAUUCCUGCUAAAAGUGAUGAAUCAGAAAAUCAAACACACCUGCCAUCCACAGACCCUCCAUUAUCCACAAUUCCAGCAAUAGAAGAGAAAAAAAUACCACGUUCAGAUGAACACCAACUUUCCCCACCAGAAGUAAAAUUGAAAAAUAGAUAUCCAAGCCCUAGUAAAACCGGUUCAUCUCCACCAGAGUUUAACAUGUUAAUGCAAGAUAAGGGCUAUGGACAGAAAAAUACAAACAAAAAAGGAAAAACAGUGUUUUUUUCACCAAAAGAACUCACAUCACCAUCUCUCAGACCAAGACAUACAGAAAGCAAUACACAAUAUCAGACAUUCAACAUCAAGGAUGGUUUUGAUCCUUUUUUAAGGAAUAUAAACAACAGAAUGUCAGUCAGAAAAAGGAAAGACCAAGAUAUGCCUAAAUGUAGAAAAAUUUUAAGUGCAGAGGUUAUAGAGCAUGAAGACCAAGAUCCUCCUUACCCAGCACAAUCAAAAACUGCAGAACCUACUAACAAAAUCUGGGCUCAUGAUCCUGAUAUCAUCACAAUAAAGCCUUUAGACACUAAAUUAAAAGGAAGACUACCAAAUGUAUCUUUAUCAAAUUUUGAAGGAGAAUCAUCAAUGACUGCAAAUGUAGAUACAUGUCGCCUCUCAAAGUCAUUAAAUCUUACCUCCCAUACAGAAAAUUUAAAACAAUCAAUGGUGCUGAAGUCAAUUUUAAGUAAAAACCUGCAAGACCAUUUAGAUGAAUUAUUUUCUAAACCAGAAGUUCCUAUGGACAUCGAAGUAAGAAACAAAAACCAUAGAUCUCCAUUUCUGAGUGUUCAUCAUGAUAAAUCAACAAGUAGUUUGGAAGACAAAGUAUUGGAAAAAAUCCAAGACUUAAAAAGUUGGCUUCCAGAAAAAGAUAUUUUAAAUUCAAAGUCUCUUUUAAGUCAAAUAAUUAACAACACGCCUACAGAUUCACUUUCAGAAGGUGGAUCAGGAAAAUCUACAGAAGUAGAAAGCGAACAUAGCUCUGCAAAAGACUUGGAGGCUGGUGUACAGGACUAUGUUAUAAAGCAAAUAUUCACCUCAGCAAUCUCCUCAGAUUUGGAGAGAAGAGUGAAAGGGCCCAGUGGAAGAAAGCUGAAUGUGCAGGAUCAAUUACCCACAGCUUGGGAGAGAAGUUUGCCUUCGCAUAAUGGCGCUCACUAUGAAGAAAAAGAUGAUGAAGAAUUGUCACAGUCCAAAUCUGCUAUAAAUCAGAUAAUGCAAGCAUCUCCUGUAGAUACUCUUUUAGAAUCUGGGUUAAUCAAAGUGACAGAAUUAGAUAAAGAACACCAAGAGAGUUCUUUGGGGGAUUCAGAAAAAGUGUCUCUUGAAGAAAAGCCAAACUAUUCCACAAAGGAGUAUUCAAAAAUCAAAACUGAACCUCUUUCAGAGCAGAAUAUACCCGCCAUUCCCAAAGAAGCCACUUGUGUUCUCGAUACAGUUGAAUUUGUAGAGGAAGGUCAAAAUAUACCCCCACAAGAUUCAAAAUAUCAUUCAAUAUUAGAUAUAAAAACAGAUUUACCAAGGAAUGGUCAGAGGCUUUAUAAAGAAGAAAGUGAUCUUAAUACUACUUUGGAAAAUUUAAGCAACUUGUUAAUGGAUAAGCUCAAUGAGUCAGAUACAAUAAUAUUAAAAUUCUGUUUAAAAUACAUCCUCAAUGUUUUUUUCAAAUACAGGCAGUCUGAAAGAAGAAGACAACCAGAAAGAGAAUUACAAAGACUAAUUCAACAUUCUUUUACAAAUAACACAGAAGACCCUGAAGAAAUCAGAGAGAAUUUUGACGAAGCAGACAAAUUAGAUAGAAAACCUAUUUUGAACCCAAAGCUCUGUGUAUUUCUAGAAGAACUCUCAGAGUCAGAAAUAAAAAAUUUUAAAGCUGAAUUAAGUAAACAUAUCCAGCAUUACCUUGUAGAAAGACUUUCAGAAUCAGGACAUAUCACCAAGGACAACUUACCAAAAAUCUAUCAAAAUCUGUAUUUGCUGAAUCAGAAAUCAGAACCAAGAGGGCAAGACAUUUUUCAGGAGAAAUAUUCAGAAACUGUGAAAGAAAUCAUGUCUUUUAUAAAUAAUUUUCAUCGUCAUUUCAUAGAUAAACAUUUAGAAAUAAAGCUAAGGUCUUUUUUAAGUGAAAUUCUCAAAAACUAUUUCCUAGAAAACUUUUCAGAAAGCAAGUCAUUUAAAGAGACAGAACCUGCGAGUAUACUCUCAAGCACAUCUUCUCUGAGAACUGAAAGUGCCUCAAUAUCUUUACAUAACUCAGGACAAGAUAUUUCAAGAGGGAAUUUUGGUAGAAGAAGGCUUGAAAUAAACUCGAAAUAUCCUUUAAAUAAAUCUCUACAAAACUACCUUAUAGCUUUACCAGAAAAUGAACUAUUAAAUCUAAAAGCUGAUUUAAGUAAACACCUCCAGAGCCUUUUUAUAGAAAAACUUUCAAAAUCUGGACUAAUCACAAAGAGGCAAUUAGAGGAGAUCAACCAGCAUACAAAUUUGAUUAAUUCCAGUUCUACACCAUUAAAAUGUAUAAAGACAGAUUUGUCUUUUAGAGAUGAAGGUAAGCUUAUGGAGGAGCAUUCAGAGAAGCAAAAUAAAUAUUCAAACAUUGCUCAAAAAAACACUUUACAAAAGAUUCCUGAGGAUAGACUUAUAGAAACAGAACUGAUCAGAAUGGAAGAAACAGAAUAUUUUCCUUUGCACAAUAUUAAAGAAAAUCUAUCAAUAAUUAGGGAACAGAAAAGAUAUUACUCUGAAGAAGGAGCUAACACGCUAAGUUUAAUAAAAGUAUACCCUUCUUCCAACAAAAAUAUACAGGAGAUUCCAUUAAAUAAGUCAUCAGAAAGACUUACAAAUAUAAUGUUUAAGAAUCAAGGGAAAGAACAUGACUUCAUACAGUUCCCUCGAGCAGAAAAUUCUGUUUGUAAAGCAGAGACUCAAGAUCCAUAUAGUUGGGGUGGUAAAUCAAAAAUAAUUCAAUCAAACGCUUGCUUUGAAAGGACACUGAAAAUGAAGUCCCUUGAAAAAAAGGAGCAUGUUAACAUCUGUAAACUAACCGUAGAGAAAAAACCCGAAGCAGGACUGUCACCGAAUCCAAGAGUUCCGAAUUGCAAAGUGCCAGAUGAAGAUGAGUACUCAAACAGACUUACUUUUCCCUCAUGGCAGAGACACACUUUAACUCAUUUCAACUCAGAGGCUGGGGAGACAUCAAGAUUAGAAGCCCAGUAUUGUCAGAGAUUGAAAGGAAAUAAUAACAACAAUAAAAAACAACAUUCAGUAACAUUUACAGAAUACAAGAAAGAAAUGCAAACCCCUUACAAAAAAACAACUGAAAUUUGCAAUGAAAAAUGUGCCAACAUCCCUAAAUCACAAUCUUUUAAAUGUAAUGUUUUAGAAGUUGACAAAAUCUCAAAACCAUCCCUAUUCCCAGAAGUAUUAAAGAGAAACAGUCUAAAGCCCAAGGUCCGAAAAGAAAGAGAUCAUGUCAGCAAACAAAAGUCAUUUAGCAAGAUAGUUAAGAUAUCACCAACCACACUGCCCCCAGCAAGAAUCCAUCUAAAGAAAUCUAUUCCAAGGACAUUGCUUCAUUGGACUGCAAGAACAAUUACACAUGAUUGUUCAGAUAAAUUUGAGGAUUUUCCUGUGACCUCAUUUAAGCCUCUUGAAAAAACAAAAUCAAGGGCAAGGCUUUUAGGAAAGAGACCAGAUGAUAGCCCAAAUCAGUCAAAACACUCUGCAAGACCGCAUACUGCUCCAGGGGGUAACAAACGACCGGAAGGCUGCAAUGGAAAAUUUAAAAGUCCUCGACUGGUUUCAGCAGGCUUAGUUCAUAUAAAUGAUACAAUCUCGAAUUAUGAAAUGCAUAAAAUGCAAUAA